GAAUAUUUUCCCUCUUAUUAUUUUCUUCAUGGUAUCGGAGCCAGGUUCCUAGGGAAAAACCCUAAUCUAGACAUACGACGGUCCAUCACCGUCCUCCGCCGGUUCAAGCCUGUCUUCCGCCGGAUCACCGACAUCGACCGCCGGACUAUCCUCCUCGACCGUCGACAUGGCAGAAGUAGAAGAAAAUCUCGUCGGCAAGCUUUUCGAUGAGGAAGAAAAAAUCCCUACGAAGGGAAGUUCUUACGAACUCAAGAACGCAGACACACCUGGAUUAAUUAUCACCCAAGUCAAACUAAACGCUUCAUCUAUCAGGCACCGGGCCUAAGCAGCGGCGCAAAUGCCGACAUCAGCUUCCUUUAUCUGCUCUUCCGCCGCGGCUUCCGGCCACUCCUCCCUGGUAGUAAUCCCUCCAUCUUCCGCCGUCGCCCUAAAACCCCAGCUGAGGUUUAUCGUCGAUUCCUUCCCGAAAUGCCAACCCAUUCAGCCCUUCCCUUUGCCCCAAUCCACCGCCGCCGGCCGCCGAAGCUCUCUCAUUCCUCUUCGUUCCGAUAUUUCCGUCAGGGAAGCUCCUGUACAAUCCGGCCACACCUUCUCGGCGCAGCACCCGAAGAUUGACAAGAGCGGAAGGUUUUGCAGCCCCAGGGCGGCUCGUGAGCUUGCUCUAAUGACUUUGUAUGCUUCGUGCUUAGAAGGAUCCGACCCAGUUCGACUAUUCGAGAGAAGGUUGAAUCUCAGAAGAGAGCAUGGAUAUGAUUUUGAUAAAGAAUGGUUAAAGAGCUAUAACCAUAUGAGCUUUGGCGGGCCACCAGUGGCAACAGAUACAGAGGAGGAAGCGGAUCAACUCGUGCUGAUUGAUGAAAAUGAGUCUAAAGCUGAAGCAGAAGUUCUUGCGGCUCCCCCGAAGUUAGUUUACAGCAAACUAAGUUUAAGCUUCACAAGAAAACUUCUGGUUGCGGUUGCAGAGAAAUGGGACUGUCAUGUGCCUGUAAUUGAAAAAGUAGCACCUCCAAAUUGGAAGAGCAAACCAGGUGGAAGAAUAUUGGAAUUUUCAAUUCUUCAUCUGGCAAUGUCUGAAAUAACGGUGUUAGGAACACAGCACCAAAUAGUCAUCAAUGAGGCGGUUGAUCUUGCAAAACGGUUCUGUGAUGGGGCUGCACCGCGCGUAAUCAAUGGUUGUCUGAGGACAUUUGUGAAGAGUCUUGGAGAAACCGAUGAUGCCGAUCAGGUACUUGUUGGCACAAAUGUCAAUAAGUCACUGUCGAUUAUUACUUAGAGGAUUAGAUGCUAAAAGGUGUCAAAGGGUGUUGUCAAAAUGGUGAAACAAAGCAACUCUUGUAUAUGGUAAUGGUGUAGUUAUGUGGCCUUUGGAAGUGCAGUGUUAGACUUGUAAAAAAGGGUAAUAUGUGUACUGAUGAGAAUGGUCCUCUUUUUGUGUAUG